AUUUGACAUUGACGUUUCAGGGACGGGCGACGUUAACGUUACAACACAAGUCACAACACAUUUUUAUUUGCGAUUAAAGCGUUUGAAUUUCAAGAUAAAGCUAUCAUAAAAGCUUGAAGUAACCGGUGGUCUGCUUAACAUUUACAUUAGCAGAUGUUUUUAUGUACAUAGAGUAGUAAAUACAGCAUAAAAUGGCUGGUCAGGGACAUCAGUUCCCUGGGAACUUCCAGGGCAACGCGGGACCCAUGAGAACUGGAUUUGGAGGUGGGCCUAUGGGCGGCCAGAUGCAACCAAUGCCCAACCAAUUAUCCGGUGUCAUGGGUGGCCCUAUGGGUAACCCUGGUAUGGUGGGGAUGGGCAAUCAGAUGGUACCACCUUAUGGGGCAGCUAUGCAGGGUCAGAUGGGAAAUAUGGGAAUGGGCGGCCAGGGAAUGGGAGUAGGUGUGGGUGCUGGUCCAGGAGGACUUGGUCCCCAAGCAGUGCAACAGCCAGGAGUGAUGCAAGGACCUGGAGCGGUGCAGGCGGCGGCAGCUGCGCCCCCCUCCGCGCCCGUGUCCCACCCGCCACAGAACAAGGAGUUCAACACUGCGUCCUUGUGCAAAUUCGGUCAAGAGACAGUACAGGACAUAGUGAGCCGCACGCAGGACGUGUUCCAGACGCUGAAGACUCUCCAGCCGCCCAACGGCACGCCGCACGGCGAGAGCUCCAGCAACGACAAGAAGGCGAAGGUGCAGGAGCAGCUGCGCACCAUCCGCCUGCUUUUCAAGCGACUGCGACUUAUAUACGAGAAGUGCAACGAGACUUGCCAGGGUAUGGAGUACACACACAUGGAGAGUCUAAUUCCUCUCAAAGACGAGGCAGACAACAAAGCAUUGGACGAACGACGAAACACAGAGUCUUAUAGACUAGCGUUGGAAGAGAAUCGGGAGUUGACAGAACAGGUGGUAUUGAAAAACAAGCAGCUAAAGGAAGUGAUCACGAAUCUCAGGACUAUUAUAUGGGAGAUUAACGUCAUGUUGACCAUGAGGAGGUCAUAACAAAUAGUGACAACAGUGAUGUGUGAUGUGCUUGUUAUAGGGAUAAUCCUGUUUUUAGUGUUAAAUUAAUUAGACUAAAAUGUCAGUCAGA